AUGGCAGGUGCAUUAGAAACUUUAUGCGGCCAAACCUAUGGUGCUGAAGAAUUCAGCAAAAUUGGAAACUACAUUUGCAGUGCAAUGAUCACCUUGAUUUUGGUCUGUUUCCCCAUAUCACUCAUGUGGAUAUUCAUUGAUAAAUUACUCUUGCUUUUCGGUCAAGACAUUGAGAUUGCUCAAGCAGCUCGAGAAUACUGCAUAUGCUUGAUCCCAGCACUUUUUGGCCAUGCUGUUCUUCAAUCUCUGAUUCGCUACUUCCAGAUCCAGAGUAUGAUCUUUCCAAUGGUUUUCAGCUCAAUUGUGAUUUUGUGUUUGCAUGUGCCUAUUUGUUGGUGUUUGGUAUUUAAAUUCGGAUUAGGACAUGUUGGAGCAGCAUUUGCCAUCGGUAUUGCUUAUUGGUUGAAUGUGAUUUGGCUUGGAAUUUAUAUGAAGUAUUCUCCAGCUUGUGAGAAAACCAAGAUUGUGUUUUCUUACAAUUCCUUACUAUACAUUGCUGAGUUCUGCCAAUUUGCCAUCCCAUCUGGACUAAUGUUUUGUCUUGAAUGGUGGUCAUUUGAGAUACUUACAAUCGUUGCCGGGCUUUUACCUAAUUCGCAGCUCGAAACCUCAGUUCUUUCAGUGUGCCUUAGCACAACUACAUUGCACUACUUCAUUCCUCAUGCAAUUGGAGCUUCUGCAAGUACUCGAGUUUCGAAUGAAUUAGGAGCAGGGAAUCCAAGGGCGGCAAAAGGUGCUGUUCGAGUUGCUGUAAUUAUUGGAAUUGCUGAGGCAGUUAUAGUCAGCACCUUGUUUCUUUGUUUUAGGAAUAUAAUAGGAAAUGCUUAUAGCAAUGACAAGGAAGUUGUGGAUUAUGUUACAGACAUGGUUCCUUUUCUUUGUGUGUCUGUUAGUGCAGAUAGUAUAAUAUGUGCUCUUUCAGGGAUUGCAAGAGGAGGAGGAUUUCAGACAAUAGGGGCUUAUGUGAACCUUGGAGCCUAUUAUCUUGUAGGUGCUCCUAUAGCAUAUUUUUUGGGUUUUGGCCUAAAGCUUAAUGCCAAGGGACUCUGGAUGGGAACACUAACAGGAUCUAUUCUUAAUGUAAUCAUACUAGCUGUUGUAACAAUGUUAACAGAUUGGCAGAAAGAGGCAACAAAAGCAAGGGAGAGGAUAGCUGAGAAGCCUAUUGAAGCUCAUGAUGGAUCAAUAUGAAUUUGAUGAAUCUAUCUAGUUGAAGAAUAAAAAAAAUAACUGAAGGAAAAAGUGAAAGUACUGACAUUUUUUAUGUCAGUUUUUGA